GCUUUUUGCUCAGUGGAUGCCACAUAAAAAAUAAACCAGCCCUACUAUGUUCUACUAAACUUUUGUCUGUUUAAUGUGUAUCUGCAUAGCUUAGUUAACAUUUACAAGCUCUGAACUCCUGGUCAUUCAAAUUAAAAUAUCCAUAUGUUCAUCCAUACUUGUAGUACAAAUGAUUUCAUGUGCAGUGAAAUAUGUAUUUGUUAUAUAACAGCUGUAGAAAGGCAUUCCCAAGGUGGCAAAUCAGCUAGCUUUGUCACUCUGUACUCAAUAUUCCAGUUGUAUUUCUAGUGAUAUUUUUCAUACCUUUCAAAGCAACAAUAUGGUCAUGACACAGGUGAAUCACUCCAAUACUUGUGGAGGGGGGAAAUCGUGGUGGUGCUGCAGCACUUAAGAUUAAGUGAAUUAAUCAAUGUAUGACAAAGCAGAAAAGUGUUUGUUACAGCCUGGGAUUCAAAUCUACAGACCAAAGCCCAUGUUUUUGCAGAAAUUAUGGGACUAGCACCAUCUUAAAGGCUUGUCAUACUAAGACUUUCUUUAAUUGCAUGAGUUAUUAAGGCUGAGUGAAGUUCCAAAUAUAUGUAUGUACCUUUGAUGAAGAAAAAAUAAAUUGCAAAUAUCAUUUCUGUUGCACUACAGGUAUGCUUUCAACUACAGUGGAGUUUUUUUAUGCAGUUGUACAAUGUAAGAGUUAUCUCAUCCUGAGACAGGUGUUGGUGAGGUUGCAGCUUUGCUUUUUCAUGUCUGUAAGUGCAGGGUAUCAUGCAAGGCAGAAGGUAUUUUUGCAAGUCAUAAAAUGGCUGGAAGCUUUUGCUCUUUUCUUAUUUCUAAGGAAUCAUUUUUUGUCUUUAGAGCUACAAAUGAAGCUGGAAAUAAGCUGGAAAAAAGCUGUGCUGCAACCUGUCUCUUUCUUGCUUGAAAAUUCUGCUAAGAGGUUUUAUGACCUCUUUGCACCAAUUCUGCAGCAAAGAGGAAGCAGCAAAUAAUGAUUUCCCAUUUUAGUUCACCUACUUAAGCUCUAAUGAAAGGUUUGAUGAUUAAGCUUGUUGUGUUGUUUUUUUUCCUCAUAAGAUUAAACCUUACUUUAAUAAGCAAUUCCCUUUACAUCAGUAAGACUACUCACGUGAGUAACCAGUUGCAGAAUUUGCCUGUAGUACUGUGAUUGCCUAGGGGCAAGUACAAGCAAGUUGCAAUUAAAGUUACAGAAAGAAAAGGAGGUCUGACCUUUUCUUUCUUUCUUUUUCUUUUUUUAACGUUAAAGUAUGCCUACUGUUUCAUUGACAAAUGACAAUGGCUUUUGCAUUCUGGGGUGCAAGCAGCAGCAGAACAAAACUGCUUUUAUUUUAAAAGAAAAACUACAUGCUAAAACUCCUUUGUAAAAGGUAGGAAGAGGUGGACCUCUAAUGAGGGGUUUUAACUUCAAGGCACCUUAGGCUGUCUUUACAUGCAUCAUAUUAGUGGAAAAUUCCUUCAAUUCAUUUAAGAAGAUAAACAGUUGUAACUUUCACGUUCAGUUGAUGUGACAUCAAUGACUGGCUGGGACUGCCAGCAUUCCAAAAGGAUAUCGUCCUCAUCUGCAGCCACUCAGGGCUGUGGGGUGGAGCCUGCCGUACAAGCCAAAACAUUUACAGGUGCAUAAGUAGGUAGGGAAGGGCAUAGGUGAUGCACCUGUGUCAGGAAAGGAGCAUUAGCACAGGUGUGUCAUAACUUAUCAGCUGCCUGUGUUAGAGCAUGAGCUCCUUUGAUCCACAGACGCACUCUCCACCGCGCUGCAGCCCACAAUUUCCAAAUAUCGGUCAAGAACCUCCAGAGAUGAAUAUCUACUAUGAGAACUUUUUCCAUCCACAGAAUAUCCCUAGUCCACAGCGACCAAGUACUUUUGAGACAACGGACUACAAUGCCACUCCCAAUCCUUACCUCUGGCUAAAUGGACCUUCCAUUACCCCACCACCAUACCUGCCCGGAUCCAAUGCCAGUCCCUUCAUUCCUCAGUCUUACGGGAUGCAACGGCAGCUCUUGCCUAACAUGCACAGCUUGGGAGGAACCGACCUCGGCUGGCUUCCUCUCCCAUCCCAAGAAGAGCUCAUGAAGUUGGUUAGACCACCUUAUUCCUACUCUGCACUUAUUGCCAUGGCUAUCCAUGGAGCACCAGAAAAGAGGCUGACUCUCAGCCAAAUCUACCAGUACGUGGCUGACAACUUCCCAUUUUAUAACAAAAGCAAAGCUGGCUGGCAGAACUCCAUUCGGCACAACUUGUCUCUCAAUGAUUGCUUCAAGAAGGUGCCCAGAGAUGAAGAUGAUCCAGGAAAAGGGAAUUACUGGACUCUGGACCCGAACUGUGAAAAGAUGUUUGACAAUGGAAACUUCCGCAGAAAGAGAAAAAGGAAGUCUGACAUUGGGGCUAGCGCUGCUUCUCUUGCAUCUGAGAAAUCUGAGGAUAGUGCCCUGACUGGCAGCCCCAAAGCUGUAGAGCAUCAGGAUAUCUUGGAAAACUCACCUGGGACUGACAAUUCACCUGAUAAAGGAUCUUCACCUCCAUCUUCCAGCAGUCCAUGCCUUAGUAACUUCCUUUCUAGUAUGACUGCCUAUGUCAAUGGCUCUAACUCAGUGGGCCGCUCAGUGCCAUUGGGACUUAACGCUGAACCCAUUGACAAAAUGGGACAGAAUGUGGUAGGCUUUAACUCCUACUCUCCACUCUCUAAUAUAGCCAGUCAUGGUGUGGGAGAGUGGUCCAAUUCUAUGCCCUCUAGUCACCUUGGCUAUAGCAACUCAGUGCUCAACCAGUUUAACACUCAUUUUUACAGCAGUAUCAGCACAAAUAACACUCUGUUUUCUAGGGAGGGAACAGAGGUUUAAAUAAGGGACCCUAAGACAUCAAAAUAUAGCUAUUUAUGAGAGGAAAUGAUCUGUGAGUGGCUGUUAGCCUGUUGUCUCUACAUUGCAUCCUACCUUCUGACAGCCCCAAACUUUUUACCCAUCAUACUUAUUCAGAUCCCAAGCACUCCACAUUUGGCAGCUCCCCAUAAAAAAGCAGGGAUCAAAACAGCAGGAGUAGUGAAGAGGUCAGAUGGGAGACCAUGCUUGCACUGCUGCCAACCAUGGUCCUCUAUGGACAUCCUUGAAAGGAGUUACUGUUUACCUUAGGCAGGAAACAUUUUCAGGCAUGGUACUAAUAAUGCUGUGAUAUUUUUAAAGCACUAACAAAAAUGUAGCUAUGUCUGUAAAUUACUUCUCACUGAUAUAAUCCAUCUGUACUAGACAUGUUUGGCAAGUUCUUAUUUGGACAAAGCUAUUCUGAGACACUGAAAGAUCUAUAGCAAAAACUAGUAUACAGCGAGUAACAACCAACACUUGAAGGGCGAGUGCUCUUUCUGGGUUUCUCUAAUACUAGCACAUGCAUUGGCUACAUUCUCAUCCCCUUUCACCUCCAAGGGGAAUAUGGCUGUGAAGCAGGCUAGUGUCAUGGACACAACAUUCAGUUUGAAACUGAAGGGAAGCAUAACAAAAUGUAAUGGAGUUGUCUUCUGCUGGUGCAAUCAAAUAUUCAUGUUUUAAAUUAGAAGUACACGGUCAAAUUUUGUUUGCCUUACCCAUACAAAUCUAUUCACAUAAGGAAAUCAGGAUCUGCCUAUAUUUUUAAUACAUGUUCUCUUAGAAGAAAGGAUAUUUGUUCUAUCUUCAAGUACUACAUAAAUCAUUUCUACUAAGAAAAGAAUUUGAAUGUGGUGUGAAGGUUGGGGCAGGGUGGAGAAAUGGGAGGCAGAAAGGUUAACUGUCUUGGAGCUUCAAUUCCAAAAGCUGUAUCUUCAGAAGAAUUGGCUAUAGGUAGUGAAAAAAGUCCCUGUACUGUAUAUUUUUUUUGUCUUUUUGUAAAAGUCCAUGCAAUUUUCUUGUUGUUGUGUAAAUAUUAGGAAUAAUGUUGUUUGUUUUUUACAUUCUAUUGUAGCCACAAACAAAAUUUCGAAAUAUGUAUUUUUUUUUCAAACCAAGAGUUGAAUCAAGUUCCACGUUUAUGUAGAGUAAAGUCUCAGACUGUAGAGCCUGCAGCGUGCAUAGAUGCUGAGCUUAACUGUGGUUUAACUGUUCACAGCUGCGCACUGACCAGACUUCCAGAAUGAUGGAAAACAUACUAAUGCAUUGUAAUAGAUACUGUUAUGUCUUGAUUUUUUUUUUUUUUUUAAACCAUACAUGGAGACAGUUUUGUUACAGGCAAACCCAGAAGCAUUUUUAAUAAAGAAUUUGUAUAGAAGAGAGCGUGUGUGCGUACUAUACUUCCUAUGCCUUUAAAAACCUCCGUAAUAGUUUGACUUGUGCAGUUUGCCUGAGGAAAACGCAGUAUAAUAUUCAAAUAAGGUCAGAGAGCGAGAUAGCAUAUGUCUAUGCAAUCAAAAUUUUCAUGUCCAAGGAAUAUAACUGGUUGCUAUUAUGCAAAAUACUAUCACUAAAUAAAAAUCGCUCUUAUGUUUUCCCUGUUGGAAAGUGGUGCCAAUCAUUUAAAAUUUAAGAAACCAGGCUAGAUUUUCACAUGCUAGUUGGCCAAAAUAUGACUGUAAUCUUUCCUACAUUCUCAAUUAUUGUUUUAUUUUUUAUUUUUACUAUGGAAGCUGCUAUGACUAUUCACAGUUUUUGUACUCAAUAUGAUAAAUUCUCAUAUGGAAGUUGAAACCUACUUCCACUUCUAACGUUGGUGCUUAAUA